AUGAUCAAUUCUUUUCUAACUAUUUCCCUUCUUCUCGGGACGUAUCGUCUGUGCGGUAAAACUUCUUUAGAUCGGAUACUAUCUCGUCCGAAUAGCUCUUGUGCGCAAUUUGUUCAAAAUUUAUUCCUUAAAAACAGAUUACCUUCAAAUGAGAGCAAUUAUUAUAGUCGUCAAAAUCACAAUAAAACAGUGGUCUCAUACGAAUAUCUGGAAAACAAAACGACAGAAGUAUCGAAUAACAGAACAAAUAAUAAUGCUAGCAGUGAACCCGAAGAAAUGACUGCCUCCAGUGAAAUUUUUGAAAGCUACAGCUGCAUCACAAUUGAUUUGAAAGAUUCAAGUUGUUUUCUAUGGCGGAAUUCAGGCCACAAAUUACCAUGCCAAGCUGUAUCUGGAAUGACUUUUCCAGUCUCUAUUGUCGCAAUCGAUCUCAUAUAUCUAAUUUGUACAAUAAUAUCAGUCACUCGGAGCAUUCUUCCCUUAUCUAGAAAAAUAGAUUUCGUCCGAUGCGCUAUUCAUAUCAUAUUGUGGUGCACUGCGAGCACUUCAACGAUGUAUUUACUUAACACCUGGGAACACGCCUGGAAAUACACAAAUUUCAAAGCUAAAAUUCCAAAGCAGUUCUAUAUAGCUAUGAUAUUUUCUGUGACGAAUGUUAUUGUCUAUUGCGUUGAGAUAUUCUACAGCAAAUGGUUGUAUAUGCGCAUUCGGCUGUUCAUUAAACCAGAGAUGGAGCAACUGUAUGAAAGACUUCGAGCUGGUGAGGAAAUGGACACUGGAUCAGCAGUAGCACUAGCAACAUCUUCUGAAGAAUCUGAAACCCUCAAGAACAUUUCUUGUUUCCAAUUAGUAAACACGUUUACUUCGUGUAUUUCAAUCCCUUCCGACCGCUCUUUCUCUUCCCAUCCAUUUCUUUUUCUCAUUUUAAUUUCUCCUUUGCCCUUUACUGUGCUGCUUGACUUCACCUCAUCCAAACACUUCAACUUUCAUCGCUUUCCACUCACUAACUUCUUGCUUGUUUCACUUUUUCGCUACUCUUGCAUUAUCUGCUUGUUCAUCUCAUCACUUGGUUCCGACCACUCCAAACUUUUGAUGGCAUUGGAUGGGUUUUACUUCUCAAAUGAAGAGCAAUAA